UGCCUGACCAUGCCCACCAGGCCACGCCCCUGUUGCCCCGGUCUCGUUCCGUACAUCUUGGAGGAGCCGAGUUCAGAAGGAACGCGCCACACUAGCUCUCUGCCGACCCCCAGCCCCUACCCCGCGCUCAUGGCCUCGCCGGGACCCCGCGCCUUACGGGCUGCGCUCUGUGGCGGCUGCUGCUGCCUCCUCCUGUGUGCCCAGCUGGCUGUGGCUGGUAAAGGAGCGCGAGGCUUUGGGCGUGGAGCCCUGCUGCGCAUGAACAUCUGGCCAGCUGUCCAAGGGGCCUGCAAACAGCUGAAGCUCUGUGAACACUGUGUGGAGGGGGACAGAGCACACAACCUCUCUGGCUGCGUGUGGGAGCAGUGUCGGCUGGAGGAGCCAGGACACUGUGUGGCCCAAGCCGAGGUGGUCAAAAAGGGUUGCUCUGUUUACAACCACUCAGAGUCAUGUCCAGCUGCCCACCACCACCCCACCUAUGAACCAAAGACAAUCACAACAGGAACUCCUCUUGUCCCUGAAGCCCAUAACCCUGGCUUUGACGGGGCCAGCUUCAUUGGUGGCGUUGUGCUUGUGCUGAGCCUACAGGCAGUGGCCUUCUUCGUCUUGCGCUUCCUCAAGGCCAAGGACAGCACCUACCAGACACUAAUCUGACCCCCUUCAGGCCUGGAUUUCACACUGAGGGGAAGGAGGACGAAGAGGCUGCCCUCUUGCCCUCCUUGUGGGCACUGGGGGUGGGAAAACCUUUGGCCACCACUUUCCGGCCCCUGCAGGCACCCAGCAGUCUCAAUGCCCAAUAUCUGACAUUCUGUCCAAUAUCUUCUGUCUUGGGCCUGGUACCUGCAGCUGAGAACAUCCUUCAGCCACCUCCUAUCUCAUCCAUCAUCUCUGUGGGCCCCCAACAGGCCCCCAGCUUAACACUGGGUCUGUACCUGCCUCUUCCACCAACCUGGCCUGUGCACUGUCCCCAAAUAA